UUUUAAUUUAAUAGCUCGUUAAUAUUGAAAGAUCUUGGUCUUCUUCGGUUCAAAACAUUAUUUGUUAUUUCACGAUUUAGGGAAUGUAAAAAGCAAAAGUUUGCGAACUAGGAUGGCUAUGCUUCGUAUUUUAUGUUUACGGCUGAUCACAGUGUGCUUUAUUUGGCGAUGUUGGCUUACUGAGCGAGUUCGCUGGGCUUGCGUUUACAGUAGUUUGACUUUCACUUUGGGCGAGAAAGUAGAGAAAAUAAGAGACGACGAAAAUCGGUUAUAUUAUAAGUACUUCGCUCUCAUCACGUGCUUUGGAGUAAUCAAAAGAGACGCCAAGAUUGCAAGCCUUACUGCUGAAGCAACAAAAAACACACUAUGGUCUCCAAGCUCCGCCAGUUCCCGAUGAAGAUGAGCAGGCGUCAUCUUAUUAGCCCUUCCCCACGUCGUGGCGAUAAGCGAGGAUUUCCGACUUCGCGUCAAAUUCAAAUGCCGAAAAAAGUCACGAGGUCUCGAUCUCGGCACGAGGACAGCCACAUCAAGUUCAAUUUCAAGCAGUGACUAUCGUGGAGCACCAACACGGGUAGCAGUAGCAACCUUCCGCCAGACGUACGAUUUGUAUCAUUAGACACCAAUAACUUACUAGAAGAUUUAGUUUAGCUCAUGAGCAGAUGAGCAGCAGUUAGUGGUCACCGGACUUCCUAUCCUGCCCUUAAAAACCUGACAAAUGGCCCAAAGUACAGUGCGGUACUCGUUUACUUCCUCAAAAACUUGUGUAAAGCUAGGUGCCUAUAUUUUAUGAAAUCC